GUCACCUAUGUGACCUUGUUUGCUUUUCCCCUAUUACUUACAGUACUCACAUACUAUGAAUAGAAAGUACCAUGUUUGGAGUGCACAAGAGAGUGGAAAUCACAAUAAACAGCAGCAUCUCUUGUUUUUUUUGUUUUGUUUUUAAUGUUUCAGUUGACCUUCAUAUCUGCUGCCUAGAUUUUGCUCAGCUUCAACAGAUUACCUGGUAUCCUCACUGUCCUUCUCCAUCUCUUACUCAUCUUCAUCCUCUUCCCUGGCAACCCCAUGAGGUUCAAUGCUAAAGAUCUGGCUUUGCUGGCCAGGCAACCAUCAGGUUGUUUUGACAAGGAAGGAAAACUGAAGAUUUGCAGAGUGGUUGGGGAUGAAAAAUUAAUAGAACCGAGGGAGAGAUGGUGCCGACUGAAAGGAAAUCUGCUUUUUCUAAUGAAAAAUAAGAGCUCUGAUGCCUCUGAAGUGGUAAUCCUGGAGCGCUGCUGGGUUGUGGAGUUCAGGAGUAAAGCAGAUGUUUCAAUAGUUCUCAAGUUUCAGAGUGGAGAGCCGGAUCUUUACCUCGAAGCUGCAUCGAAGGCGGAUUGUGAGUCUUGGGCUGUGGCACUGGGAGAGGCAAACUCGGAAGGUUUGCGGCAUAAAAUUCAGCAGCUCCGGAGGUUGAUCAUGGAAAUCAAAGAGGAGAGAUCAGCAGAUGAAGCACGGCAGUUUCUCCCUCCAUCCCAAGCAGACAGCCUGGGAGAGCCCCAGUUCACGAGUAUUCAGAGAAUUGCAAAUGAACCAAAGCUGGAGUUCAGUCUUGCAUGCAAGGAUCUAGUGGCUGCUACCCGUGAUCGGAAGCUGAAUACGUUUAUACAAGUCUCAGUGGUGCAUCCAGCAGAGCACAUUUUGACGAGGUAUUCAAGCACUGAAAUCGUGGAGGGUACAAGAGAUCCACUGUUUUUGACUGGUGUGACAUUCCCACCGGAAUACCCCAUCUAUGAGGAGACUAAAAUAAAACUGACAGUCUAUGAUGUCAAAGAUAAAUCUCAAGACACGGUCCGCACCAGUGUCCUACCUGAUCACAAGGAACAAAGAGCAGAUGUUGGGAGAAGCUUCCUGGGCUGUGCAACUUUUAGAGUAGGAGAUCUGGUAAAAUCAAAGGAGCAACAGUUGACCCUUACCCUCAGAACUUCUGAUGGUGGAAAAGCAGUUGGUACCAUUGAGGUCAAUCUGGUGAAGAUGGGAGAGCUGGAGGAUGGGGAAACAGACCACAUCACAACAGAUACCCAAGAUCAAAAGUGUGCAUUGGUUCGCGAAUGUAUGGCCACUGAAGGCAUAAGUGGGAAAGACAACCUGCCCUCAUUAAAUGCAGUGCUAAAAAACCCGAUCUGUAAGUUAUAUAGAUUCCCUACUUCUGACAACAAGUGGAUGCGGAUCCGGGAACAGAUGGCUGAGACCACCCUCUCUUUCCAUGUUCCUAAAGAACUAAUAAAUCUGCACAUAAAGGAGGAUAUGAGAAGGAAUCAGGAACUUAAAGACCUGGGAGAACUUGCUCCUCACUGGGACAACAUGCGCAAAAGUGUAAUUGCUCACUGUGAUCAGAUGUUGAGCAUGUACCAGGAUACUCUCGCGGAGCUUGGGAAGCACACAGGUUCUUCCUUCAAAUCCAGCUGUAGCAAAGGAGAAAAAACACUAGAAUUCAUCCCAAUAAAUCUUCAUCUGCAAAGAAUGCAUGUGCAUAGUCCUCGAUUGAAAGAUGCUUUGUAUGAUGUCAUCACCGUGGGAGCCCCGGCAGCGCAUUUCCAAGGAUUUAAGAAUGGUGGUCUCCGGAAACUGCUGAGUAAAUUUGAGGCGGAAAGAAGAAAUACUGGAUACCAGUGUAUUUACUAUUCACCUGAAAACACAGCCAAGGCAAAAGAAGUUCUCAGCAACAUCAAUCAUCUACAACCUCUUAUAUCAAGCCAUGCAGACCUGCUGCUUAGUUCUGCAAGCCAGCGUUCUCCAGACAGCUUGAAGAAUUCUUUAAAGAUGCUUUCAGAAAAAACGGAGUUAUUUGUGCAUGCAUUUAAGGAUCAGCUGGUCAGAAGUGCCCUUUUAGCACUGUACACAGCCCGGCCUGGCUGUGUCCUCAAGAAACCAGCUGUGCCUAGAAACAGUGCAGAAGAAGGGGGUGAUUCACAGCACCAGGAUCAUCCUUCUCAGAUUAAAAGGCAGGACUCUAUACCCCAUCAUUCUGAAUAUGAUGAGGAAGAGUGGGACAGGGUGUGGGCCAAUGUGGCAAAGAGUUUAAACUGUGUUAUUGCCAUGGUGGACAGACUGCUUGAAAAAGACAACAUCAGCAGCAUUAAAGAGGAUCAAAAUGACCCUUCAGCAGCAGACUGCAAGGUGUUGCAUACAGGUGGUGACUGGUACGAACAACUUUAUCCGCUGGUGAUUACGCUGAAGGACUGCAUGGGAGAGGUGGUGACCAGGGCGAAGCAAUCCAUGGCCUUUGUUCUGCUCCAGGAGCUUGCCUGUGGUUUGCCACAGUGUUUGAUGCUGACCCUAAGGAGAGACAUCGUCUUUAGUCAAGCACUCGCUGGAUUGGUCUGUGGAUUUAUAAUCAAAUUGCACACAGGUUUACAUGAUCAAGGAUUUUUACAACAGCUUCAUACUGUUGGAUUGCUCGUGCAAUAUGAAGGACUCCUUAGUACAUACAGUGAAGAAGCAGGGAUGCUGGAAGACAUGGCUGUGGGCAUUUCAGAUUUGCAGAAAGUAAUGUUUAAAGUCAUUGAAGCCAAAUCAGAAGAUUUUUUGCCUAUUAUAACUGGCAGGCGUGAACAUUACAUUAUAGAGGUCCAGCUUCCAGCAAAGAUGUUUGAGUUGCUGCCACAAGAGAUUAAAGAAGGAAAGCUUCUUCGCAUGUAUCCAGUACUCUUUAAUGUUGGAAUCAAUGAACAGCAAACACUUGCAGAGAGGUUUGGAGAUACCACCUUGCAGGAAAACAUUAACCAGGAAAACUUAGAACUCCUCAAAGAAUAUUACAAGUUAUUUACGGAAAAAAUGCCUCCUGACUGUCUACCACAUUUUCAAGAACAAAAUGAUUUAAAGGGAUUGCUAGAAAAUCUUCAUCAAAAUAUCCAGGCCAAAAGGAGAAAGAAUGUAGAAAUCAUGUGGCUGGCUGCAACGAUUUGCCGGAAGCUGAACGGCGUCCGCUUCACCUGUUGCAAAAGUGCCAAAGACCGGACAUCCAUGUCGGUGACGCUGGAGCAGUGCUCCAUCCUGAGGGACGAGCAUCAGCUUCACAAGGACUUCUUCAUCCGGGCGCUGGACUGCAUGAGAAGAGAAGGAUGCCGCAUAGAGAAUGUACUGAAGAAUGUCAAAUGCAGAAAGUAUGCAUUCAACAUGAUACAGCUGAUGGCUUUCCCAAAGUACUACAGACCUCCAGAAGGGACAUAUGGAAAAGCUGACACCUAAGUUUAACAAAAGUGUAAUCAGGAACAUACAUCAUGCUAAUUAGUGAAUAUAACAACCGUUGUUUAUGACGUAUUAAUUGGCAAUGUAUAACCAGUUGAGGUGUUAUUUUUACCAGGUUUUAUCAUUUUACAUUAAAAUAACUCUGGUUAGUCGAUAUGAACUAAAAUACCAUGAAAAAGCAAUGGACUGGAUAUUCUCAAAAUCAAAUAUAUUCAACUUAUCUUUGUGAAGCUGAAGCUCAACAUGACUCAUAAGCCAGCUGGAAAUAGUUUUUUGGGUCGUUUGAUGAGGAUUAAAAAAGGGAAAUGGCAUUUGCUCUAGGAACUGAGGUUAGCAAUCUGGAAGGUGGCAUUCUGACUCCAAACCAAAACCUGAUAUUUGAUUUAAGGGGUCUCUUACUGCUGGAAAUGGUGUUUUCUGGAACCAGCAGAGCACUGAGGUCUUGAUCACUAAUUAAAUCCUUCACAGAAAUGUUUAUGAAAGAUGCUAAUGCUAAUAUCUGGGAUAAAUAUAAUUUUGGUAAUUACAUUUAGCUUCUUUACAUAAUAUGUUUUUAGUAAUUGCAGCCUGUAAUUUCAGUAAUUCCAUUCUGAUUCCCUGCAGUUCAUUUGGAUGUGUCAUUCUUGGCUUUCUGUACCACAGCCAAAUUCCACUUAUUUCACUUUCAGAUAAAUCACACUGAAAUCAAGGGGAUUCAUUCUACAAGUAAGGUGACCUGAAUUUGACCUCCCAUUUACUGUAAACCCUUAAAAGUAAAUUUGCUUUAGUAGUAGGGAAAAUUAGUUGUAUAUACAGGAGUUAAUAUAUCUUUAGGCUAUAAAAACGUAUGUUAUCACAGAGCCUAAAAUAAAUUUUAUAGUUAUGAGUAAACUCCUGUAUUAGGACUAGUUAACCACUGCAGAUGAUUUAUAUCAGAUUUGUAAUGCUGCAGGUAGACACUCUAGGAUGAAGAACCAUCAGCUUUAAAAAUUAGUGUUAAUGCUCUGCCAGUUUGUGUUAGUCCUGAAAUUUGUCUUGCAAAGAACAUGUGUUUUCUAAUUGUAUCUAUUUAUUACCUUCUUCAGACUCCCAGAGAGAAAUACAACUUAAAACGCCUAAGUAUUCACUGACCCUAAGUAUAACUGACCCUUAUGUCAUUACAUUAAUUUUCAUAUCUAAAGCAGAAGUAUGAGAAAUUUAUCUUAAUGUAACUGCCCUGGGAAUUUGAGCAUCUGUAGGAAAUUGUAAUUGCCAUGGAUAAAGAAGUUAAUGUUUCCUUACUCCUAUGGAAGUCAAAGAAAUCUUGAUAAACCAUGACUUAUAAUUUGUUCUUUUUAAUCCAUUAAUACCCAUUACUAGGUAUAAAUCUGUAACUGUAGUAGUAAGAAUUUAAGAGCUCAUUUCUGCAAAUUCUGUUUGGGUGAUCACUUGGAAAUGAUCUAUCAUAUAGCUAAGAUUAAAUCCAUCUUGUAUAUUUGCAAGAUUAAGCUUUGGGGCUUCUAGGAAAACAUCUGAAAGAGAUCCUUGUUCUACUAAUUAAUGACUUCAGUGGAGCCAGAAAUUCACCUAUACAAUAUAUUAACUAAUUGGAACUUUUCUUAUCAAAGUAAAGUAGGCAAUGUAAAUAGUGUUUUGUUGCAUUAGUUUUUUAUUUCUAUUAUAUAAUGUGCUGUCACUAGUUACUUCCUUGUUCUCAUAAUGUAUUACUUCAAUAUAUGUCAGAAGAGUUGGCAUUGCAUCACAGAUAAGCUCAGACAGAUAAGAACAUAACACCUUGAUUUUUUUUCUUGUCAUGUACCAGUACAAGUGGGCAAUACUUAUUGGAUGGCUGGAUGUGUGCAUAAAUUAGUGUUUGGGCCUUUAACUAUAACUUAGCUGAUCUGUACAAAACUUCUUUGUGGAUUUAUGGAAUGUAAACCUUCCGAGGAAAGUCAUGUUUUGUUCUGUCAGGUUGUCUCACUAGCCCUCACUAUCUGCAUGUUUAUUAUUAGCUUAAAAAGCCCUGCAUGGGCAGUUUAGAGAUAGGGAUAAAUUCCUCGUACAUCUCUGAAGCAACCCCACAGGUGUACAGUAGAAAAUGCCAGCCUUCCCACAGAAAUUCUGAUACAACCUGUCAAAGUCUGCGUGGGGAUGGUAUUUACUGGUUGGUACUAUGGGUAUCUUUAUCUGAGUCCCGUGGGCAUUUUGUUAAGUUCAAAAUAUGAAAUUAUCUAGAUUUUCUUAUCGGGAAAAUAAUCUUUCAAGAUUUUGCCUCAGCAUUUUAAUCCUACUUGGGUUCUAAAUUGUCCCCUACCAUGUUACUUUUUGUCUUGAACAUGUUUUUCACAUUGAAGCCACGUUUUUGGUGAGGAAGAAGAAAAAUGGGCACUGACUGGCUGUUUUAACAGCCACUCACAGUAUGUUCUUUUGAAAAGAAAUAAUCUCUCAUUUCCUAAAAAUAAUUAAGGAAAAAAACCCCUAAACUCACAUCAGUGGGCUGCAGUGAAACUUGACUGUGCUUGGGCCAUUACAGAAGAGUAGGGGUGAGUUUUGUGCUAAGUAAGACUGAAAACUUUCACUCAAAUUUUUUGAUUAGAACAUCUUAUUGUAGGUCACGAGACCCUUGUAAAACGUGUUGACGUGGUUCCAACACUUCUGGAAGAGCCUUAUUGCCUCAGUAAUGAAACAGGCUCAAAAGUUUUGUUGUUUUGCUGUAGCCUGCUGAUGCAGUCCAUGAAGACAAGGGCUGUGCCAUCAGCUGAGAUUUCAGCUGAUCAUGGAUUCAAAAUUAUUGGGUUCUCUGGUUUGCCUUUUAUGAAGAAUCAAAGGGAAGUUUGCUGCAGGUUGAUAGUUACGUGGCUUGGAGCAUUAGUUACAUUACUCUUUGUAGCAGCUGCUUCAAGCCUGGGGCCUCAAACACAGUCUUGUAGCUCACUGUGGAUAUCAGAGGAGUAAAAUUAAACAAACUAGUUUUUAUAAGCAAACUACAUUAUUUGUUUUGCAAAGGGUUAAGGUAAGCAUACUGAUUUUGGUGGUGGCAGAUAUGUUCCAUAUCUGCUCUCUUAAAACAUUUGAGAGAGUUUGUAAGGUACCUUACCUUACCUUUAUACCUUGCCUUUUGUAAGGUAUAAAAUAAUCUGCUUUGAGGGGAGAGCAGUUCUCAAGGGCUAAAAGAUAAAAAUUCAGAGAUAUGUCUGGCAUCUAAAGCCAAAUCUUGUCUUACUCACAGAAGAUAUUAUUUGUAGAAAUAAGGUCAUCAGGAUAUGUCUUGAGAAAUCCUGAAAUAAGGGCUUAUAGCUUUGAAUAUCUGUACAAUGCAUUACAUGCUUAUAUGGGAGUUUUGUACCACAGACUAGUGUCUAACUUGAGAGCUAGUAUAAAAUGCCUAAAAAGUAAGGAAAGUUAAAUAAUUUUUUCUCAGAGAUGAUUGUAAUAUUGUCAUAAUACAUGACAUGCAGAGGCCUGACAUUAUUAGGCAGGCAGGUCUUUUUUUGUGAAGUCUUCUUUUGGGGAAUUUAAAACACGUUCUUGUUAAUGUUUAUACUUCAGCUUUUAUGGAGCAAUUAGGAAACAGAAAUUUUUAAUUAUGUUAUCUGAUUUUUGUCUAUGUGAAGUUGUGUAUUUUGAUGGAGUACUAGCAAUGUCUGUGGUAUAUAGAUCAAAUAAUUUAGGAGGACAGCUGAAACAAAAUACUAACUGAGAAAGAGCCUUAAUGAAGUCCUUUGCAACGUUAAUUUUUGUACUGUCUGAAUUUCGCCGUUACAUAAGUGAAAUAAGGAAAUUAACAAACUUUCUGUGUCUCAAUCAAUCACUCCUGAUGAAAAUUCACUUAUUUGCAAUGGAAUAAAUUGUAAUGGUAUUCUAAAUCUCCACUAGUAAUUUAGGUAUAAAGAAGUGCAACACAUCAUUUUGAAGCCCACUGUAUAAUAUGCCUAUUAAGAGUUUCAAGAAAAACUUACUUUUAUUUCUAGAUCAAACACAAGUUCAUGAAAUCCUAUGGUCCAUUUAUAAAAAGCAGAAAAUGCAGUGAACAUCAACUGGUGUAAUAAAAAAAGCAAUUGCAUUAAAAACUGCAGCACAAUUACUUGUAUGAAUUCAUGUAUGUAAUCAGUUAGUAGUCUUAAACAUAUAUUCUGUCAGUUGGCUAUAUUGUAAACUUGAAACCAUUGAUAUCUAUGCUCUUUUUUUUAUUGUAAAGAAGUGUACUGUAUAGGCAAUGCCAUGAGACAUGAAUUUGCUUCUUGCUUUUCACUUCCUUUCAGCUUAAAAGCAGGUGUUUACAAUGGAAAUGCUUUAAAAUAAUUCGCUGCUCUUUAAAACACAGACUUACCUUGUAAAUGGCAUGUUUACCAAAAAACCACACAAAUGCUUUUUUACAGGAAAGAAAAAAAAAAAAAAAGAAAGAGAAAAAAAAAAUCCCAGACUUCAGUCUCUAGAACAUUGCUUUUUUUUCCCUUAGUCAUGCAACACAUUGAUUGUUGCGUUGCCAGAGCAUUCAGCUUUCACUCUGCAGCACUCAAACAUUUAUUUGCUCUUUCUCUCAUAGCAUCUGCUGAAUAAGUAAUAUAACAGCCAUGGAUUUCAGCAUGAUACUCACGAUUCAACAUUUAAAAACUCGCAUUUGCUCAGAUAUGAGACUUAAUACUUCAGGGUAAAUAAAAUAGAAGUCACUUGUGAGCCAAUAUGUUUGUAUUCCAAAGAGCUGAAGCACAAAACACAGGGAUUGUGUGCUGACUGGGAGAAAGAGUGACAGGAGGAAUCUGACUGUGAUAAGAGAGGCCCUGGAUCUGCAGGGUUUGGAGUGGUGAGAUUUGAACCAUUCUGUUCUUACUUAAAUCUCUAACUGUUGGCAGUGGUGUUUGGUUACUCUUUCCAUGCAUGCAAAAUACUUUAAAAGUUUUCAGCAUUUCUGUUCUGUUUAUGAAUAGUCUGACUUUAAAAUUUCUAGAAUCCCAAAUUACUUUGGUACUUGUUUUCCUUUUGUGUAGCUGUCCCUUGUAAUGUUCCUGUCUUACAUUCUGGAGCACACAGGGCUAUGUAUAAGUAACAUUAACAGGGCUUCAGUCUGUGUUUGUUCAGAGAAAUGAAGCACAAUGAUAGCAAUUCAAUGCUUUUUAUAUUUCAGAAUUUAUCAUUUUUGUUUCAUUGCUGUCUGUAAGCCAUGUCCAUUGAACACUGUGUAUAUAUUUUUAUUUAAAUAAAUGUAAUGUUUAUUUUUUAUGUUUCUGA